AUGCUCGAGAAGCCUGCUAGCUACCCGGGCUGCACAGGAACGCGGACCUGGUCUGACAAUGUCAGCGACUUAAAGGCACAGAUUGCCGCAAACACCAAAGGCAUCAGACUCAUCAAGGACUCUAUUAAGGAGUACGGAUUGGCCACUGUACAGAAAUAUAUGGCUGGCAUUCAGAAUAAUGCCGAAAAGGUGGUCCGCAGCCUUCUACGCCGAGUACAUGAUCAAUUCAGUGGCUUGCCUUUGGAAGCAGAAGACAACAUGGAUGACGGCUCUGUUCUCAAAUUGAAGAUCAAGAUUGAUCGUGAGAGCGGAUCAGCCACCUUCGAUUUCACCGGAACUUCCAAAGAGGUCUACGGCAACCUCAACGCUCCGCGUGCCAUUACUUUUAGUGCGAUUAUAUACACGAUUGCCGGCGGUGCAGGCGCAGGUCCAGACUGGGUAGGACAGUCAGGGGUUCAUGUCCAUAUGACAAACACCCGCAUCACGGAUCCCGAGUCGUUAGAGCGUCGAUACCCAUGCAUUCUGUGGGAGUUUGGCCUCCGUCGUGGCUCGGGAGGUAAAGGACUGUAUCCUGGAGGAGAUGGCUGUGUACGACACAUUGAGUUUCGGCGCGAUGUUGAAGUCAGUGUGUUGAGUGAGCGUCGUAUUGUCCGACCAUUUGGUCUUCGCGGUGGAGGCGCGGGUCUACCUGGUGAGAACAUUUGGAUUCGGACGGACGAGUAUGGGACGCGAGAAGUGAACCUCGGAGGCAAGAAUACUUGCCACAUGAAGAAAGGAGACCGUAUUAUCAUCAGGAGUCCUGGUGGCGGCGCCUACGGCAAAAUAGAGGCGUGA